AUCACCUAUCUUUCAUGCUGCAAAGGUCUUAAGGACAGGGAAAAAGAGGCAGGGCCCUGGGCGCACACUUGUCACUGGCCCCAACACCUGUGCGUCUUAUCUUCCCCAAGCAGGGUGCCAGGAUUUCAAGCCUGAUGUGAUGUACCAGUUGGAGCAAGGCGGAUUUUUGCCAUGGAAGCUGUGGAGAGGCAUCCCUAGGGACCCCUCCCCAGGUGAAGAGAUGGGAAGGAGGCUGGAAGUUUCUAGAAGCACAGGACACAGGAGAAAUCCCCAGGGGAAAUCAGACCUGCCUCGAGAACAGUCCCUACGCAGAAGCUGCCUCCUGCCCCUCCGGAUCCUCUCCUGCAUGAGCCCUGCCCCUUCAGGGGGUUUCCUGUCCGCCUGGGCCCCUCCCCCACUGCACUGGCUUUCUUCUUCCCUGCUCUUGGGUAUGCCCCCUCCCCUGUGCCACCAGGCAUUCUGCCCUUGGGAGAAGCCCAUCAGUGGGCAGUGAUGCUGCUUUCAUUCCCCUCUCUUUCCUGUCAUCUGUUUGGUCACCAUCACUUGCCUCUUAAUCUACUAUGUUAGGUAAGUCUACUAGGAAUGUUCACCACCUGCCAGAAUGCACAUCGUGGUUUUCUGUUUCCUGCUGCAUUCAUUUUCCGCAAGACUUUCAAUAAUCACUCUCCACUUCACCCCGCUCCUCUCUUCUCACACCCCUUCACCUCUGUUGGACUCUGCACGGGUCCUUUUUGCCCAUAACUUGCUUUCUCUGCGACCCCCUCGGUCAAUUCAACAUUGGUCAUGGUUUGCCUCUGAUAGCAGCAGGAGAACGGGUGCAAGAGGACCAUCCUUACAGCCCUGGUGACUUGGUGUUUCAGGGAAGUUAACUGUGACAGCUUACAAGAUGGACAAACCAAAAGACCAGAUCUAGAACUGCAGAGUCAAAUCUGAAGCAAGUAACUUCUGAAGAGUUUUCCCAGGGCAUGAUAAUCAAUAGAAGUAAAAGAAAUGGAAUCUGUUACUCCACCAGGGAAGUCCCAGGAUCACAUGGCUGUUUAGAGAGCCAUCCAGGGCAGAUGGCAUUUACUCAUAAGAAAAUCCUGACGCAGGAGAAGAUUUGUGAAGGUAAUGGAUUUGAAUUUAGGCAGCAAUCGAACUUUGUUAGUCAAACCACAAUUCCUUCAGGGAAGACAAUGUGUAAAGAUGACAGUUAUGGCAGUAGCUUUUCACAUAACCUGGAUCUAAGUAAUCAUCAGAGAAUCUACACAAGGGAAAAGCCAUACAAACACGAUCAAUGUGGGAAAUACAUUAGCUGUGGUUUGGGUCUCGCUCAACGCCAGGGUCAUACUGGAAUUAACCCAUACUUUAUUAGAUACCAGAAAUUUGGUGGUAGAGAAAAGCCCUUCAAAUGCAGAAAUUGUGGUAAAUCUUUUAGCAGGGGGACACACCUUAUACAACAUGAAAGAUGUCACACAGGAGAGCGACCAUAUGAGUGUAAUGUAUGUGGGAAGUCAUUCAGCGGGGACUCAUCCCUUAUUCUACAUCAGAGAACUCAUACUGGAGAAAAACGCUGCGAGUGUAGUGAAUGUAGAAAGGCUUUCAGCCAAAGUACAUGCCUCACACAACAUCAGGGGAUUCAUACUGGGGAGAAACCCUAUGAAUGUAAUCAGUGUGGCAAAGCCUUUAUUCAGAGCAUUCAGCUUACUCUGCAUCUAAGAACUCAUUCUGGAGAGAAACCUUAUGAAUGUACAGAAUGUGGUAAAACCUAUAGUCAUAGCUCAUCCCUAAUGCAACACAGGAGGAUUCACACUGGAGGAAAACCCUUUGAAUGUAAAGAAUGUGGGAAAGCCUUUACCCAGAACAUUCAGCUUACUUUACAUCUGAGAACACAUGCUGGAGAGAAACCCUAUGAAUGUACCCACUGUGGCAAAGCCUAUAGUCAUAGGUCAUCCCUUAUUCAGCAUAAGAGGAUCCAUACUGGAGAAAAACCCUUUCAAUGUAGUGAAUGUGGGAAAGCUUUCCAGUGGAACACACAUCUUACUCAACACCAGAGAAUUCAUACUGGAGAGAAACCUUAUAAAUGCAAAAAAUGUGACAAAUCUUUCAGCAGAAGUACACACCUUAAUCAACAUCAAAGAAUCAUACUGAACCCUACAAGUGUAUUGAGUGUGGGAAAACCUUUGGUCAGAGUGCAUAUCUGACUCAGCACCAGAAGAUGCAUACUGGGGAAAAACCCUACCAAUGUAAGGAAUGUGGAAAGGCCUUCACUGUAAAUGCAUAUCUUGCUCAACAUCAAAGGAUUCAUAAGAGAAAGAAACCUUUAUUAUGUGCCAGUCACAAAGAAAUUCUGAAUGGAGAGAAAUUCAGCAAAUGUUUUUAAUGUGGGAAAUAUUUCAGUAUAAACACAGGCAUUCCUCAACUUGAAUGAUUACACACACACA